AUGGCUGACACAGCACUACCUCACUUCGAUCUGCCAGACGAAUUCAUAACGGGUCAAACUUUUACAUAUCUUGGUGAUAAUCUUAAUGUAAGCCAACUUUUUUCAAUUUUUUAUAAUGAGAAUGUCAGAUAUACGGCCAGUAAAGUCUAAAAUAUUAUUUAUUGUAGCUACAGCUGUAGAUAGUCUAAGUUAUGCACGCUUUUACUUUUAGGAACUUAUAUUAUUAGGUAGUUCAAAUAAUUCUGUGCUUCUCUUUAAAAUUUUUAAAAAUUGCUUUUAAUUUUGGAAAUUUGCUUUGAAAAAGAGCACAGAAUUAUUUGAACGACAUAAUAAAAACUGAUUUUCAGGUCAAAGUCGGUGUAGAGCUUCAUGUUGUUCAUGUUGCUGUAGACAAAACACAGUCAAUUUUUUAUUGGCGAAACCCGAGAUAUGUAAGUGUUUUAUAGUUUACUAUUGUAAAAUGGUCUCAAAAUCAAUUUUAAAAUUUAAAAAUUAAAAAAAGUUUAAAUUUCAAAGGAAUUUAAAAAGAAGUUUUAGGUAACAAUUUUCAGGAUUUUUUUUUCAAAAGUAAAUUUUUGAAUUUUUCAGAAAUCUUUUAAAUUUGUGUUUGUUGAUGCCAUAGUCGAUUGCCGGGUACCUAAAAACCAGCCAACAGUUCUACAAAUCGUAUGCAAUAGAAACUUUUCUUGUGCUGAGUUCUUUGGGUUUGAAGCGGCGGAUGAAGUAAGUUUGUAUAUAUAUCAACACCAUAAAUCGCGUAUUUUACCUAUAUAAAUAUUACAUUACAUUACACUGUAUUGUAUUGUAAAGUCUGCAGUACUUUACUUCAAGAUGCUUCUGGCAAUAGAGUUUCUCUACAUAUUAUACAUGGGACCCCUUUAUACAAAUCUUCCAAAGGUCUGAAAUUUGUUGAUUUAUAGAAUUUUUGUUAAAUUAUACAAAGGUUUCAAAUUGUGUAUUUACAAGGAAAGUACCCAACCUGCCCCGAGAAUCAGCUCAAAAUUUUUAUAUGAAUUCUUUGUGCUACCAAUAGUGCCCAUAAAAAAUUUUAGCUUGCGCUUUUGAGUUUUAAAUUUAAAAUAUUUGGCUUUCCCGCGCCAAUUUGGCAAAUUUGGCAUUGUGUUUUAAGCACUUUUUUCGGCUUUCCAGACAAACUACGCUUACGAAUUUAAAAAUGUAGGUUCAUUUAAAGGUAUUCUACUAGUAUAUCAAAGAAAAAUCAUUAAAAGUCAAAAAAUGACAAAGUUACAAGCUUGAAACACAAUGCCAAGUCGGCGAGAAAUUCAAAAUGUAAUUUUUUAAUCUCGAUUUUCUCGAGAUCUCCGGGAAAGCGCGGUUUAGUACUUUGCUGAAGAUCUUUUAUUUACAUGAUCUUUCUUUAUAAAAAGUUUGAAAUCAAUCAGAGCGGGGCAGGUCGGGCACUUUUCUUGUUAGCCAGGUAUUGAAAAGUUACUCGUUAUUAAGAGUUUUUGUUAUAGAGGGGUUUGUUAUACAAGGGUUCAACUAUAUAUCAAAACUCUGAACAACGUAUUUUAUUUAUAUAAAUUUUACAGUGCAGUACUUUACUUAUAGCUACGCUUUUGGCAAAUCCGUUAUAUAGUAGUCUUAUUGUAUUUUGUUUAAUUGUUAAUUAUUAUAUUAUCCAUCAAUAAAACUCCAAUCUUUCAGAAAACUGCCCAUUUGUGGGCAGAAACCUUAUUCAAAUGGGUAAUAUGGAAUAGAAACCGGUACCAUUCAGUCAUACGAUAUUAUCGUAUGUAUUUUGCUCCACUCAUUCUUCAAGCAAAAGAGAAAGUAUAUAGAAUUGAAAAGUAAGUCAUUUUUGUAUGUAACUUAUGGGUUUGAAUUUUAGUGCAUAUCAACAUUUAACUUUACCUUACACUAACGCCGUCAAUCGGAUUGGUAUUGGAGUGGAUGUGGUAAGUAUGCACUAUUGCUAUAGUAAAUACUUAAAUGCUUACUGUAGAGUUUAUAACAAAAGUUACAGUAUAGAUUUUAACCUUAAAAGCUACAGGCGACUAUAUGAACGGCAGCAGGUUCUGGGAUAAGAGUUACUAUAUGGAUUACUCUAGGCAGUGGAGUAAAAGAAGCGGGGUAGAGUAGAGCAGGACAGAGUUGUUACAGUAGGUCUGACCGUAAAAUUCAGAGUAAGAUCUACAGUAUAGGCUAUGAUAAAGUUGACUAUAAGAACUACAGUAGGCGCUAGUAUAGGAGUUACUGUAUAGAUUACUCUAGAUAGUACAGUAGAAUAGAGGGUAGGGUAGGGUAAAGUAGGGUAGGGUAGAGUAGGGUACUAAAUUGUAGAAUCAUGGUCGUUUUCAGACUGAUGACACAGACUUUGUCUCAUUAUAUUUGAGCAGAGUAAAGCGACCGGACAUACAACAUAUCUUCAGCGUUCUGUAAGUUCUGUUACCACGUUGUAAAACAGUAUAUUAUAGUACUAUAAAAAGUGAGAACUUAAACGUAUGUUAUUUCUAGAACCCAAGGCUCAAAGACAAUGUCACCAGAAGUCUUUUUAAAGUUUAUCAAUGAUAAUCAACAUGAUUACCGGUUGAAUGAAGAGCUCUAUCCACAAAAGUCAAUCAGAUGGGCCAAUAAUAUGAUAAAGACUUUGGAGAAGAACAAUAUGACCACAGUGUUGACUUUCAAAGGAUUUGCCAGAUAUUUCUUGGAAUAUGACACUGACUUGAACAGUAAUUCAAUGAAACUGAAGAAGGAGAACAUGCAGAACACUAUUACGCAUUACUAUUGUAAUAGUAGUCAUAACACUUAUCUUAAUGGUGAGUUUUUUGAGUAUUAUACAUUAUAAAGGUAAUUUAUUUUUAUUUUGGCUAGAAUUGGCUUGGGCUAGCUUUACUUUGACUCGAGUUAUACCGCGGUAGAAUGGGCUAUUUGUUAAGGUCCAAACGGGGAACUAAGUCUAGUCUGGUCUUGUUAGUCUAUAUUAGCUUGGUCCUGUUGAAUUGUGCUAGCUUAGUCAUGUUGAUCUGCAUUAGUUUAGUUUUUUCGAUCUGUAAUAAUAUGUUCAUAUUGAUCUGUACUAGUUUAGUCACGUCAAUCGAUAUAAGAAUGGUUUUGUUGAUCUGUACUAAUUUGGUCUAGUUUAUAUGCACUAUUUUGAUCUUGUUGAUUUGUACUAGUUUAGUCCUAUUGAUCACUAUAUUAUCUUGGUUUUGUUGAUCUUUAUUAGCUUAAUUGUGUUGGGCUAUAUUAGUCUGAUUCUGUUGAUUUGUUAUAGUUUGGCCUUACUGAUUUGUACUAGUUUGGUCUUGUUCAUUUAUAUUAACUUGGAUCAGCUGAUUUUUAAUAGUUGGGUCAUGUACUAGUCUACUUCUAUAGAUCUAGUAUAUUUGUUAUUGUAGUCAAUUUAGCAUGUAAUAGCCUUUAGGUAUUAAAAAAAAGAAAAUUUAGUUUAUUUUGCGUACUUUAGGCAACCAAAUACAAGCUGCCAAAGCUCUGCCAGGAAACUCUUGUCAAUUAUGUGAAACUCAAACUGAAAUGUAUCGACAGGUAAGUGUAGUUUAUGUUUUAACCUAAGUUCAUGAAUUUAAAAAUUUUUGACUUUAGAUUUGGCUCCGUCUUUUUUAUUUAUCUUUAGCCCGGACUUUAUCUUCGAGCUGGAGCCGUUCCAGGGGUCUUUAGUGCUGAAGUUUGACAUUUUUUGGCUGCGGCUUCAGUUCAGGAAUUUGAGCUGUCUGGGGCCGGCUCUAGAGCCUUUGUUUUGACCUUGCCCGUUUCUGUUGAUUUUUUUAAACGUAUAACAAGUUGGUGCUCUAUGUUAACAUAUUUUUUGGUCUUUUAUUGUAAAAUACGGAUUUUGUAACUUGUUGUUUUAAUUUCAGAUUUUACUUGCUGGCUGUCGAUGUAUUGAGUUGGACUGUUGGGAUGGACCAAAUGGACUUCCAGUUAUUACACAUGGACCAAUGUCAUUACAGAAAAUUAAUACCGUGCCUUUUAGAGUAGGACAAACAUCUUUAUGACAAAUUUCCAGAAACGAUUUUUUAAAAUAAAUCUUUCGUUGCGGGACCUAAGCUGGGCUCCUAAAGUUUUGGUUAGACAUGGGAAACGGGCAGGGCCUGAAUGUUAGGCCUGGCCCUUUCUUUGUUUUGCUGUCUCAGGUUUUUUACGAGCAAAGGGGCUGGGUUUUUCGGGAUUUUCAGGCCCGGCCCAGCCUGAAUUUGGCUUAAGCCUGGUCUGUUCUCUUUGUCAAGCCUUGCUUAGUCCUCAGGCUCACAUAUCAUGGCUCUUUUCAAAUUUUCUUUGGCUUGUUGUUGCCUAGGGCCCGGACAAGUUAAGUGCGCCCCUUUUCAGGCCUAACUUCAUCAAUGUUAUACACAUAUCACAGUAAAUAAUACAUUAAUCAACCUUCCAGGAAGUGUGUGAAGCCAUCAUAGAAUUCGCGUUCAAAACCUCGGACUAUCCGAUUGUUUUGUCGCUGGAGAACCAUUGUAAUCCACCACAACAGCAACAUAUGGCAAAUGAUUUCAUCGAAGUGUUUGGUGAUCAUUUACAAGCAGCCGCUUUGAACUCACACCCUUUGGAGAAGGGGAUCUGCCUUCCAUCGCCUACGGCGUUGUUUCGGAAAAUUCUUUUGAAAGGUCGGUUUUUAAUUAGGGUAGGGUAGAGUAGGGUAGGGUAGGGUUGGGUAGAGUAGGGUAGGGUAGGGUAGGGUAGGGUAGGGUAGGGUAGGGUAGGGUAGGGUGGGGUGGGGUGGGGUGGGGGUGGGGUAGGGUAGGGUAGGGUAGAGUAGGGUAGGGUAGGGUAGGGUAGGGUAGGGUAGCGUAGGGUAGGGUAGGGUAGGGUAGGGUAGGGUAGGGUAGGGUAGGGUAGGGUAGGGUAGGGUAGGGUAGGGUAGGGUAGGGUAGGGUAGGGUAGGGUAGGGUAGGGUAGGGUAGGGUAGGGUAGGGUAAGGUAAAAUGAAAUAAAAAAAAAUUAGGUAACAAGUUUAAAAAUUUACAUAUUUUUUGGUUGUUCAAAAAGUUUUGCGCUUCCUUACAAUUAAAAUUAAGGGAACUCAGAACUUUUUGAACAACCUAAUCUUAUAUUUUAGGUAGUAAAUCCAAGAAAGUGCAAAACAACGAUGCUUUUGUGUCAUUCGUUGGCAAGGUGAAGGUAGAGAUGAAUCGACUGAUUGACAUUGGCACCAAUAAGUUGUCGCAAAACUUUCAAGUUUAUAUGAAUCUACGUGAAGCUCCACCAGAUGAAGCUAUGCUUACCGUAAGCUUUUGAACAUAACUUUGAAAUUUAAAAGCCAUAUCAAAUUAAAAAAUAAGAAUAGUAUUUCAGAAAAAGCCAACCGAGUUACAGUACGAACAAUACAAGAUAGUGCAGGAACAGUUUCAGUACGUUAAGACUGAAACCAUAGCCGAGACGAAACAAGAAUUGGCUGACCUGAUCAACUACUUUCAAACUACUCCAAGGUUGGACAUAGGUGAGUUAUAUGAAUGUACUAUGUUAAUAACCGUAUCCUACUUUGCUUUAUCAUAGAAAAGUACGGUAAGAUAGCGUAUAAUAGGGCACAGUGAAGUAGAGUAGACAAGUGGUAAGGUCGCGUAGGGUAGGGCUUGGGCUAGGGCUUUGCAGUGUUUUGCCGGACCCGUCCGGUCCGGACCGGUCCGGAAAAAAAUUUUUUUUUUAUUUUAGUAAAACUUUUAAAAAUUGCAAAUAAAACAUAUAUUUAAGAGUUUUUAAACGUAAAGAAAGCAGUUUUAGCGCUCCUGGCUCUUUUUAAAAAUAAAAAAAAAAUUUCCGGACCGGACCUGACCUUUUUAAUCCGGACCGGACCGGACCUGAGCGAAAAAAAUAGAGCCGGACCGAAAAUUUUUCGGACCGGGCCGAAAAAAUUCUCAUCCGGACCGGUCCGGCAAAACACUGGGGCUUUGGAUUAGGGCUCAAUAGGGCAAGAUAGAGGCAAAGUUAGGGCAAAGGUAAGGGAAGGGCAAUGGUAGGGCAAAAGUCAAGCUAGAACUCUGGACUAGGGCUUUGGGCUAAGGCUAAGGAUAAUGCCAGGGCUCCGGAGCCGACAUUUUCGCAAGCUCCGGCUCUGGCUCCGGCUCCGAGGGCACAAAAUCAAUAAAAAUCGUAUUUCUAUAUAAAAAAACGCAAAAACAACCAAAAAUAAGCUUUAUCUUUUCUAAAUUUAAUAAAACAACAAUUUUUAACUAUUAAAACAAUAAAAAAGUACAUAUAACUUAUUCAGAGUAUGGGGAAUUAAAAGACAUUAACAUUUUUUGUCUGAUUAAAGCAUGCUGAGAGUUGCAAAGCUUUGAGGCGGUUACUGCUUGAAGGCGGCUAAAGAAUUGCUCUACAUUUGCCGAAGCCGCGGAUACUGUUAAUGCUGCCAAAGUAUUUGCAUUUACCAUCAAUUACAUUUGCUUGCACAUCGCUUUUGUCAAACGAUUUUGAAAAAUCUAAAUUCCGGCGCUUUUUUGCUUCCAUUUGAAAAUAACACAAAAAUUUGUCCAAAAAACUAUUUUAUCGCAAUGCCAACCUUUUGAAUUGGCCGUGGAUAGUUUUCUUUCCGAUACCUUUUUACACUGCUCGAAUAAUAAAAAUUAAAAUGUGGAGCCAUCCUAGAAAAACUCGGCUCCGGCUCCAGCUCCGGCUCCAACCAUUUUCAAAAAUGAGCUCCGGCUCCGGAGCCCGUGGGAACUCUGGCUAGGAUUCUCGGCUAGGGCUCUGGGCUAAGGCUCUGGGCUGGGCUAGGGUGCUGGGCUAGGGCUCUGGGCUAGGGCUCUGGGCUAGGGCUCUGGGCUAGGGCUCUGGGCUAGGGCUCUGGGCUAGGGCUCUGGGCUAGGGCUCUGGGCUAGGGCUCUGGGCUAGGGCUCUGGGCUAGGGCUCUGGGCUAGGGCUCUGGGCUAGGGCUCUGGGCUAGGGCUCUGGGCUAGGGCUCUGGGCUAGGGCUCUGGGCUAGGGCUCUGGGCUAGGGCUCUGGGCUAGGGCUCUGGGCUAGGGCUCUGGGCUAGGGCUCUGGGCUAGGAUUAGAAUUCAACUUACUAACCUCUAUCUUUCAGACGAUCCAGAAUACCUAAUGCAUUCAGGAAGUGAGCAGAAGAUUGAUAAAAUGAUAACCAAUGGCUCAAGGGCACUAAUCCAACAUACGACGAGACACAUUGUCAGAGUGUACCCUGACUUGGGCAGGGUUUGUUCUUCUAACUUCAUACCUAUGGUAAGGUACUAUAAUAUUCUUAUUUAUUUUAUUAAACAAGCAUCAACGGUGAACGUAUUUUACAUUUUUUUAAUUUUUUUUUAUUUAAAAAAUUUUUUCACAAAUUUAAACUUUAAAAUUGCCUUUAGUACUUCUGGACAGCCGGCUGUCAGAUGUUGGCGAUGAACUUCCAAACCCCAGGUCUGCCAAUGCAAAUGAAUCAAGCUUUGUUCGAAGAGAACGGUCGUACUGGAUACGUACUCAAGUCUUCGUGUAUCAGGAAUAAGAAUCAUAAAAUGAGUGUACAAGAUAAGAACAUUCUGGCUGGUGAUACCCUAGGGAUUUGUAUUCAUUCAGCUCAGUUUGUGAAUCUUUUGAUGAAUCGGUACAGAGAGAAUGCUAAGGUUCAGGUAAGGUUUCGGAUGUUGUAGUAGGGGUGGAGGUUAUGAGACUACCCUACCCUACUCUAUCUUACUUUGCCCGGCCUUACUCUACUUACCCUACCCUACCCUACCUUACCCCACCUUACCCUACCCUACCCUACUUGGCUUUGCCCUUGCCUUGCGUUACCUUGCCCUGUCCUGUUCUUUCUUGCUUUGCUCUGCCUUACCCUAUCUUAUGUUACGCUACCUUGCCUUACCGUACUCUGUCUUACCCCACCUUGCCUUCCUUUGCCUUGCCCUACUCUACCUGCCUUACUCUACCUUGAUUUACUCUGCUAUGACCUACUCUAACUUUCUUUGCUCUACCUUACCGUACCUUACCUUACCCACCUUCUCUUACUCUAUCUUCCCUUACUUUACCUUACGUUAUACUACCUUUGCCGUAUUGUAUUCAUUUUGACCUUAUUGUAGGUAGCAAUGGACCUGUACGAUCUUCCAAAUGACACAGUACGAGAUCGUUAUGCAACACCUUUGAUGCAAAGUGUAGAUGGAGGCUUCAACGUUCUGUUUUUCAAAAAGUUUACCAAAUUUACUAAGGUAAGUUCACUACAUCUUGUUCAUGAACAAUAAACUGCCUUUUCUAAAAGUUACAGUACACAAAAAUAGAAAGAACGUACUUUAAGAAUAAAAUAUAUUACUGUAAAGUCUAAAUUGAAAACUUUUAAUUAUUUACCAUAAUAUUUUAGAUAAUCAAACCAGAACAUGCCAUGUUACACAUACGGUUACUGAACGAGUAUGGGGAAGAGCUCGGCCAGAGGUUUUUGGCCGUUCACAAAAUUCAAGCCGGUAACGGAGUUUUAAAAGCCUAAAAAUUUUUCGUACUAUGCACCCACUUCAGUUCAAAAAGAAUUUACCACGCCCAAAAAAAUUUUUCAAAAAAGUCAUUUUUGGGCCACAAGGAGUUAAAAUUGAACCCAUUCUUUUUACUAUCCCUCCCCUCCCUCCUCUCCCGCUGAAAAAAAUUACCACGCCCAAAAUUUUUUUUUCAAAAAACGUCAUUUUAGGGCCACAAAUAUUUUUUAGUGAAUGGUAUUUUUGUAUUUUUAGGGUAUCACCACGUCAUUCUCCGCAACAGAAAUGAUAAGAAUGAAGGUCCGGCUUCUGUUUUUGCUCAAUUCGAAGUCCAAACUUAUAUACCGCCACUUCAAAUCGACCCUCUGGAGAACCUGGUGUCUCCGUUGAGGAAGAAGAAGGAAAAGGCUGGUAUGGUCUUAAUAUUUCUCUAUUUUGUCCUACUACUCACAGGGACAAAAUAAAAAACAAUUGAAAUGGCCCCCUUGGGCUUUAAAUAUUUUUUAUCCUCCCCCCAAAACUACCCCGCCCGGCACAGUAGCAAAAAAAAAGAACAUUGAUCCGUCUGAUACUGUUCUUGAUUAAAACAUAUUUUCAGAAGAAAUAAACCGACUGGUCGAUCCAAUGCGAGAAAACUCAGCGAAACGCCGGAAGGACGGAUCCAAGAUCAUUACCUCCUUCUCAUAA